AGUGUCAAGCACAAGUGUCAACUGUCAAGCGAUGGCUGAAAUUUGAUAUUUUGAUUUUGGGAUUUAGGCUUUGGUAUUUGAUUUACUUUUCAUAAAUUAGACCUACAUUUUUUCUAAAUUGGCAAUACAAUUGUUUAUUGAAGAUAUCAAAAUGGAUACUAAUUUAACAGGCUUGUGGGUGAGCUUUUUCACAGCAGCAGGUAUCCCCUCAGAUGUAGCUGCCACAUACGCACUUACAUUCACAGAAAACCGCAUUCAAAAUGAUAUGUUACUGGACCUUAACAAAGAAUACUUGAGAGACAUGGGUAUCACCAGGAUGGGUGAUGUUAUUGCAAUUUUAAGGCACGCCAAACAAGUACAUGAGAACACUGCGAGGGACAAGGUCCUGAACACUACCUUGACUACAAACAAAGUGCCUGUUGCUGCAAUAACUGGACGUUCCACCAGUACACAGCCCUCAUCACCGGCGAGUCGCAUAUUAGAGCACUACACACGCAACUCUCCAACUCAAGAUACUUCACAAGUGACUACAAAAAAGAGGAAACUUGUUGAAGUUAGAGCUAAUGAGGAUGCCAGCGUAAAGAAGGCGCGUCUCAUACGUUUUGCGAGCCCAUCAAAGUCACCAGUUGAAGUGGCACCAGCUAUUGUACACAACAAGCAGACAGUAUUUUCGAGGCUUGGAAAUUCCGAAGCUGUUAUAGUGGCACAGAAGAAAACCACAAGCUUGGCCCCAGCUAAGCCAAUUUUUGCUCGUUUGGGAUCUAAAUCGGAGAACGUGGGCAGUCAAACCAUACCGAUUCAUAGAGAUGCACUAAAAUAUGAGGGCAUAUUGAAGAGUCAGCCGGUUGUUAAGAAAACGGUGACAGUGACCGCUGCAACAAAGAAUAAUGUGCGUCGGAUCGCAGUCGGCACAAUGAGAGCGGAUCAAGUGCCCGUCAGCGUGAAGGAGAAACUCGCCAUAACUAAAGCUAAGUCUGUUAAAUUUGCUAAUCACGUCGAAUACAAAGAGAUAGAAGGCAUUCAGAAAAACACACUAGUCAAACCUAAAGUAGUACAUAAGCUGACACAAGUGUUCAAUAAGCCCGAGAGGAGGUUGUCUAUGCCAGAGACCCCAGCGGUUAAAGCCCGGUUAGGUACAAAGAAUGCUAACAAUUUAACUAUUACAAGAAACGUGUUUAAUAGGUUAGGUGUUUAGCUUACGGUGUAGUAUUUUAAGUACUCUGCUUUUUUUCUGCUAGAAGUGUAGGUCCUGUUUUUGUUUUUAUUAAUGUGAAUGUUUCAAGUAUUGGUUAAAAAAGCUCGGUGGGUGAGAUGUUGAGAUCAGCUCCAGCAGCGGCGGUGUCAGCUAUAGGUUCAAUUUAAUAAAAUACAAAUUCAAAUAUAAUAAAAGUUUAUGUCACUGAGCUGUUUUCAACCAGAUCACUGAUGGUGUGAAUCUUUUUUAUAUUUUUGCACAAAUCAUGACAGCGUAGUGGAAAUGAAUCACUAGUCUAGUUUUCAAAAACAUUGCAUUAACAAAGUAUUUGUUACAACGUGUGAGAACAAAUAACAUACAUCAGUAACUCUAUUAGACAAAGAUAGAAGUAAUAUAAUACACUUAUAACUAGACACGGUAGUGACAAGGAUUGAAAGCGUUUUCAUUCAUACACUCUUAUUAUCACACACUUUUAUUAAGAGUUAUGAUAUUUCCUAUAAAUCCAUAAAGAAAGCUUGCAUUCCAGAAGUGGGGACAUAAAAGGCCCCGUAAUAAUGCAUAAAAGGCAGUAUUUCGAAAUUAAUGUAGUGGUAUAAAAUAAUAAAUGAGGUUAUUGUUAGCUUUCAUUUAACUGAUGUGGGGACACUGUCGCCCUUAUCACAUAGGUAUGACGUCAUUAAUAGGUAUAUUUCUAUCCUUGUCUAAACGAGAUAUUGAUAUAUUAAUUCUUUACAAAUUAUGGAAAUAUUUUUUUAAGCCUUAAUUUAUUUGAACUUCUAAUGUCACGCAUGUCAAAAAUUUGUAUUUUCCGAAAAUCGUAAUCAUUUUUCAAUCAUUGGAUGACACCAAAAUUUUCUCCGCCAGCUGACUCUCAUACUAACUACGCGAUUUAAGAUCUUAUUAACUAUUAUUAUUUUAAAAGGAAGAAAUACUCUCAAUAAAUGAAUUGAGGAACGUUUGCGCAUGAUUCUCAUACGGAUUUUGUUUAGUCAUUUGUCAGGGUGGAUACAGUCUUGCAAAAGCUCUUAUCGUUAAGGUUCAGCUUCUAUCAUUCUGUUUAAUAAAAGCUAAAGUUUAAAUGUUACUUGUUUAAUUGAUAGGUGUUUUUCUUUUAAAAAAUAUACGUAUCACACUUCGCUUUGAUCUCUGUGUUGUAUGGUAAUAAAAUAAUUAUUUAAUUGAAACGGUUUUAUUAUGAAAAAGAGUUAACCAGCCGUCUCGUUCACAAACAAAGGGACAUAAGUGUGGUUACGAUGUGUAUGUUAUGUCACUUUCCUUCAUUUGGAAAUAGGCAAAGAUAAUUUACAGAAAUGUUCAAUAACAGUUACGCUUGACAACUUGACAGUAAUCUGAAUUGGCUGCCCAGACACAUUUAUGUAUAUCUAUUAUGAUACUCAUUUGUUGGUUAAUUUAUAAAUGAGGUAUAUUAUUCGUGCACCAGAACAAGAUAUUUUCUUUCUUUUCUUCUUUCUUUAUCUCCGUUUUUUGUGUAUAAAAGGGUCAGUUUAAACUAUACGACAAAUAACUUGAUAUAAUAC